UUGUGCUCCCAGCUCCUGAGGUUUGCACACAGACCACAAUGUACAAGAUCAUUAGCUGCACGCUUGUGGUGAUCUUCCACGUCAGUGUUACAGUUGGAAAAUAUUUUCGCUAUGACCCAAAUACAUAUACUCUGCUACAAUGUGACCAGUGUCCACCAGGGACUUUCGUUAAACAGGACUGCACCGCUGGGCAGAGAACGGAGUGUGCCCCCUGCCCGCCCAAUCACUACUCAGAUCAGUGGAACUUUGACAAGGAAUGUCAGUUCUGCAGCACAGUGUGUAAGGAGCUGCAGCAUGUGAAGCAGGAGUGUAACAGCACCAGGAAUCGGCAGUGUGAGUGCUCUGCAGGACACUUCCUGGAUGUGGAGUUUUGCCUCCCUCACUCAGGGUGUCCUCCUGGAUUUGGAGUGCUGCAGCGAGGGACUCCGGAGAGUGACACAGUUUGUGGUGAAUGUCCCAAAGGAAUGUUCUCAAAUGUGACGUCUGCCACAGCUCCAUGUCAGAAACAAAUCAACUGCAUGAACCUGGGACUCAAAGUGGCGCACAAAGGAAGCUCUACAGAGGACACUCUGUGUGAAGAGGAAUCGAGAUUCUGUGAAACAGAUAUUGGGCUUUGUGAAGAAGCCUUGUUUCGGUUUCCUAAGGCAGCAGCCAAUUGGUCAGAUGUACUCAUUCCGAAAUUGCAUCCAACAGUACUGACAUUACAGCAAAUAGAGUCAAUUAAACAGAGCUAUGAACCUACAGAUUGGCCAUUCUACUUAUUUAAGCUGUACAAGAGUCAAAGCAAAGGGGAUAAUUCUGUCAGAAACCUAGUACAAGAUAUAAAUGACUGUGAAAAGGAAAUCCUGAAGCAAAUUGGACAUUUACCAUUGACUACAAAACACCUAAUUUCAUUGAUGCAAAGUUUGCCGGGUAAAGCAGUAAAAAAGAAGGAUAUAGAAAACAUCCUAAAGUCGUGCGUCCGACCAAAGCAAAUUCUGAAGAUUCUUAGCUUGUGGAGGGACAAAAAUGGAGGCAACACCAUUGAAGGCCUUAAACAGCUGACAACCAACAGGCUGCCUAAAACAUUACGAAAGGCUAUGAAGAGACUGGAGCGGUUUCUAAGCGGUGUUUCUGUGUACAGAUUGUAUGAAAAAAUAAUUCUACAGAUUAAUGGCGCACAGUCUCAACUUGGUAAAUCCGACUCGUUAUUAUGACUGGUGAGCAGAUAAUUCAACUGUGGACCACUUCAAGCUAUCUACAGAACACCAAACCUCACCUGCCUGAAGGAGAAAAAAGCAACCAAUCAGAUUACACCUUA